AUGCCUGGUGCCUCUAGCGUUCCAGAGGCCCAGGCGAAGCGAUGCUCAACGAUAAAGAAAGAUAUACAAAAUAAAAAUGCGGAAGAAUGGUCAUCGUCGUCGGUGAUGGAGAAGAAAACCCAAUCAGCGCGGCUUCAGCCACUAUCGUAUGCAGGCGCUCUCCGGGGGGACCAAGGCGCACGAAAAGAGGUCAAGCCGACGCCCCCUCCGACUCCGACUCCGUCCCUGAAGGCCGCAGCCCCUCUCAAACCUUCGGUCACAUCUGUUCCUUCGAAGCCAACUGUGCAGCAACCCCCACCAGCAGUGCCUAUUUUCAAGCAGCCAGAGCAAGCAAAGUCUACUCUGCAUACGAAUUCUAUAACCGCCCCGUCACGAGAGUUUUACCCGCAGCUCUCACAGUCCGUGGCUAAAGUCAAACUGGCUCCAAUAUCUUACGCUCAAGCUGUAACUGGUGAAAGAAUAUCCACUUUGGUGGUUAAGAAGAAGGAAAAGCAAGGACCGCAGGUGGAUUUGCAGAAGGCAGGAGGGGAGAUGACUGCACAUCAAGAGCUUGAAAAAGGUCCCCAGAAAAUUCCGCAGAAGAGCGCGCCGAUAGGUGGGCAGAAGAAUCCUCAGAAGAGCCCGGAAAAGAAUACUCAGAAGACUCAUAAGAAAAGUCCGAAGAAGAAAAAGAAGAAAGGAAAUCCUCAUCCAGAAACGAAAGCGGCAACGUCAGAUUCGACUAUCAAGGCACAGCACACUCCUCACCACCAAAAGGCGUCCAAGGAAAGUCAGGAACCGGAGAAGAAGAGUGUUUCUACAAUCGAGCGAUGUUCGAUAGCGCCUCAAGGUGGCGGACACAGCAAGGAAAGCACACGCAGCAAGAAUGCAUGCGGAGAUGCAGCUGUUGGUGGACAAAACCAAGGAAAAAAAUUCCACGUCGAAUCGCCCCGCGGACGAAGCCCAGUCAAAGUAUUACCAUGCAUACGGAAUGCUCCAACCAAGCCGAAGGCCGCAGCUUGGGGUGCCCAAAACUGGCGCUCUCCUACUACUAUAAGACCAAGACAACGGAGCACAACUUUCCCUAGUUUCGAAAACUCUUCCCAUUCUCUUCACAACCAGUCUCCCACACUCGCCGCUCGCUAUCAGUUUGGCCAGUCGCCGUCGACCAGCUUUGCAACAGGUUUUGCUAAACACCCUCAAUACAACCAUCACGGACAUAUUCUUCAUAAUCUUUCCAAAAGCUCCUUACCAACAAUGGGUAAUCCUUAUGGGUACGGGCGUCGUUGCCGCGCUCUUGACGCCGAGCAAUGGACCAAAACAGCAGCAACCCCCAAUCGAUCCUCCAAUUUUCUCGGAUCAGCAGAUUUCGCCAUCCACUGCGAUGAACCAGGCGAAGAGGGAUUGUGGCCGGAAGCCAUCAACCAACAGCGGCGAAUCGCUGAAUACAUCAAGCAGCACGACCGAAAGGAGAUCAACUUGUGGAGGGGGCCCCGUGAUUGGGAUGUCAGGAUCGAUUGCGGACAUAGGCCAUUCCUUGCUCAUCGCCAAAUGCUCGCCCGAGAGCAAAGCACUUUGAAAGAACUGGCUACAGUACUGCCUGACGGCUCCAAAACCCACUACAUGUGCACGUACACGACCCCGGACCGGAUGGCCAAUGUAUUGGCCUUCAUCUAUGACAAGGGCACCAUGGAGGGAGAACGAUUCAAGCCCUCCGAAGAUAACACCCUCGACGGGGGCAUCAUCCUAAACAACACUAUGGCCUACCUCGCCGGCGUCGAAACCGACUUCCCCUUGCUGCGCGACGUUGCCCUAUCCAACCUCCAAAAAGCCAUUCAAGGCAUCAGGCGCUUCUUCGACGACGCCGACGGAUACAUCCAAGACUACGCGAAUAAAGCACGUGAAGACGGCACACCUUUCCAAGAAUGGGACUGCCUUAUUUCAUUCGUCACCGAUGACGAACUAGCGAACUUUUAUCGUCCAUUCCGCAUCGCCAUGCAGACUCUCUACGAUUUUCACGUGUACACGCAGACCAAGUUCUGCGCGGACGAGAUGCUGCCGCUGCGGUUCGCGAUGUGGGGGCUGAUGAAGGAUGUCUACCAUGUACGUCUUGUGUUUAGCAAGGCGUUUAGAAAUCAUGAAGCGCCGCAGUGGGAGGAGAGUGGGCUGAUACAGUUUUGGAGGGAGGAGGACGCGUUUUUUGUGGGGGUGUGA